GUUCCUCUUCUUAAUACCUAAAUUAAAUUCCCGAUUUUGAGAUACGAAGCUCAACGACAACUCGGCGGCGGUGUAAAAAUCAGUCGGAGCUAUGGCGAUGCAGGCCGGAGUUGGUUUAUCCAGGAUCUUCCUCUUAGCCGGAGCAGGUUAUACUGGUACGAUCAUGAUGAAGAACGGGAAAUUGUCGGAUUUGUUGGGUGAAUUGCAGGGUCUGGUUAAGGGAAUGGAGAAAUCUGGAGAAGGAUCUGAUGGUGAUUCUGAUGUUUCUGAUGCCAUAGCUGCCCAGGUUCGCCGAUUAGCUAUGGAGGUUCGACAUCUAGCUUCGCAGCAGCAUAUAACUGUCAUGGAUGGAGUUUCUAGUGCAAAUCUACAAGCCCUUGCUGUUCCUGCUGCUGCAUUGGGAGCUCUAGGAUACGGUUAUAUGUGGUGGAAGGGGCUCUCGUUCACUGACCUUAUGUAUGUGACAAAAGCCAACAUGGCAAAUGCCGUGGCUAACUUAACAAAGAAUCUGGAGCAAGUUUCUGAGCACCUUGUGGCUGCAAAAAGGCAUUUAACUCAAAAAAUUCAGAAUAUGGAUGAUAAGGUAGAAAAGCAGAUUGAUCUCUCCAAGGAAAUCAACAACCAGGUCAUUAUGGCUCGUUUGGAUAUCAACUCACUUGAGGGGGAUUUGGAAUCAUUGCAUAAGCUAAUUGCUGGACUGGAUGGGAAGUUGGACACGCUGGAAUAUAAGCAGGAUGUCACAAAUGUUUUCAUGCUACACUUGUAUAACUAUUUAGGAGGAAAGAGCACAAAACUGCCUGAGAUGGGACAGCUUCAACUUCCUGUAAACCAGAAGGCUCGUAAUUUACUUGCAGAUGUUGAAACCAAGGGGCUGAAAAACUUGACUGAAGAGCUGUUUGAAAGCAAUGGUACACAGGUGACAACCACAAUGAAACAAAUCAGUUUGAGUAAGGUUAAUGUGAAGUCAAGGCCAUUGUUAUCAAGGGCUACUUCAGCUAAGUGUUGAUAUUGAAGUCUCCCAAUGGCGGUUUGGCUUGCGGGAUGUAUAUAUAUAAAAAAAAAACUUCUUACUUAUACAAAUGAUCUCGUGAGCCUUAGAAAGCUCUCUUAUAUUUAUUCGUUGGAUUGGCUUUUUCUCCCACAAACUCGGGUCCUAUGAUAUUUUGGUUUGCACUUUGGAUGUUUUUCCUUGAACUGGAGUAUGUUUAUCGACAUGGACAUGUGCUGUGUCCACACUUUUGGAUUUUGGAGCUAUUUAAAAUAAAGUUGAUGUGGAGGUUAUAUUAA